CUGAUUCGGGUCCACAGGGGGCUGGUGGGUCGUUUGGGGUAUUUAAUUAGACCCCGUAUGCGUGACACAUGUUUUCCCCUCACACUUACGAGCCCCCAGCCCGUGUGAGUGCUCCCAGUGUGACUCGCUUAUCCUCCCAGUCCCAUUCUGACUCCGCCAUCCCAGAAACCCGAUUGCAGCCAUCUUAUCUGAUCGGAGCGUUACCAUGAAACUGGCAUCCUCCGGGCCCCCAGCGGGAGAUGAGCAGGACAGUGCCCCCCUCCCCCAGGGAUGGAAGUGCUUCCUGUCUCCCCAGGGGCGCAGAUACUACGUCAACACCAGCAGCAACGAAACCACGUGGGAAUGCCCUGCUGGUGCCCCUGCAGCUCAGAAGAGCCCUCUGAAAUCAAAGAGCUCCACAGGUAACGGUCACCACCCUACAGGAAGUUCUUUGUUCCAGCAGGACAAAUGCUCCAUGGCUCCACAGAAGACCAGCACUAAGAGAGAGGUAGGUCAGAUCAAGAGCCAGUGUGUUUUCCACAUUCUGCUGUCCUUCAGAUUAAAAUGGGGCCGGGCUUAG